AUGAAUUUGGAUCCCAUUUGUCCAAGAUGUUUCAAAGCAGAUGAGACAAUAGAGCAUAUUCUAUUCCAGUGUAUACAUGCUAAAGAAGUUUGGGAACUCUCCAAUAUACCAAUUCAUUUAUUGCUUCCUGCAACUUUCACCAGCGAACAGUUCAUUGCCAUGUUAUUGGAUUCAAUAUACGAUAGUGAUAUCCCUUCAAUCACAAAACAAUUACCAUUUUGGAUACUUUGGCACAUUUGGAAGUCUCGGAAUAACUUUACAUUCAACUCCAUUCAAGAUAAACCAAUUACAGUACGAGCCAAAGGUGAUGUUGCAGAUUGGAAUAAUCAUAAUUCUCAAACAAACUAUCAUCAAACACAAUCAUCUCACAACUCCAAUCAAAAAUGGAACCGUCCUACUACAACUUCUUUAAAAUGUAACUACGAUGCAGCUUAUGAUCAUAUCACUUCAAAGGCAAAAGCAGGAUGGAUUCUCUGUGAUAAGAAUGGAAUAAGUAAUGGUUGGGGUGCUAUGGCUCUUGGGAUAACAACAUCUCCUUUAGAAGCUGAAGCAAAGGCGCUAUUAACGGCAUUGCAACAAAGGUGGAUAAGAGGAAUCAAUUGA